AUGAACACCAUGUUAAUGCCCAAAUCACCUUGCAACAGGUCCUCUAACUCUGCACCAAAGGCUUCUGUUUCCGCAUCUAAUUCUCCGUCAUACUCCAUAUUCGAUGCGGGGCAACGGGAAGCUGUCCUUUGGGCAGGCUUUGUUCAGAUCGGUGUAGUCUUGGCACAUUCACCAUCCGCCCUUUGCCCUCAGAACAAUUACAGAGUUGGCCAGACAUAUUGGGUACGUGGCCUCCCGGAUGAAGCCUAUGGUCAUGAACUUGUCAACUUCGUUCUUCAUGGCUUCGUAUCGUUUGGCAUCGUAAGAUCAACGCUUUUGCCUGACAGGUUUAAAGGCGGGAGAAAUUCUCAGCUUGUGGCUGAUGACUUCAGGGGAUAUGCCCGACAUGUCAUUGUAGGACCAAGUAAAGACCUCCGAGUGUUGCCAAAGGAAAUGGAUGAACUCGGCCCGGAGGGUGGCAUUUGGCAUGGUACCGAUCUUCACACACCGGUCCUGCCGGCUUUCAUCCAGUGCUACGGUUUCUAG